UCCAGUAAACAUGGCGGAGGUCAGGUACUGUGUCGGAAGGGGAGAAUGUGAAUUUGGACUUAAAAUGUCUAAACUCUACCUUCUGCAGAACCGAAUCCGACUCGGAACAAAGGCGGCACCCCGGGGCUCUCUGUCGGCUUGGUUUCAGUUUGAUAAUAAUGAAAACCGCGAGCGGAGCGGAGCGGGAAGAGCGGCGCUGCGGGCGGCUGCUGCUCGCCGGCGGGACGGUUAUCCGAAGCUGAGCCCGCUGCCGGGUGGAGCACAAACCGGUCCGGAGCGAGACACGCCUGCAUGUUUUCUGGGCCAUAAGAGUAAUUUAUGUUCACAUGGGACUCUGAUAGACUUCACUAAGCGGACCGUUCCUCCGUACCGGACUUUGUCCCCGUUUCCUCCGAACCGGAGUCUGGAUCUGGAUCCCGGAUCUCCUCCGACUGUUUUCAUCAGGAGCUACAGCGGAAACGGGUCCAGAUCGGAUCCGCUGUACAAAACCAAAACCGGUUACUAUGAUGUCCUGGACGUCCCACCCACCGCCACCAAAGCCCAGAUCAAAACCGCCUACUACAAGCAGUCCUUCGCCUGCCAUCCGGACCGGAACCCGGGCAGCGCGGAGGCCACCGACCGCUUCUCAGAGAUCAGCGAGGCCUACACGGUGCUGGGCAACCAGGUGCUCCGGAAGAAGUACGACCUGGGUCUCCUGAGCCCGUCGGACCUCAGCGGCAGAGGCAAACCGGCCAGCGGGGUCUCCACGGCGGGGUCCACGGGGGGCUCGGCCCAGCAGCAGCCCGGCAGGCGGUCUGCGCUCACAGACAGGCACUUUGACUUCGAUGAGUUUUAUAAGGCCCACUACGGAGAGCAGCUGCUGAGGGACAGAGACACCCGGCUCCGGAGGGAGGAGAGGCUGAAGAGGGAGGAGAGCCACCAAGACACCAAGUUUGACAACAUGAUAGAGUUCGGAAUUGGGCUGAUGCUGCUGUUGGUCAUGGGGAUUAUAUUUAGCUUGGAGAAGUGAGGAAAGUUUGGUGGAUGGAUAAGCGCUUAUAGGCUGCUGUUCGUUUUGUGCUUUAAAGCUGCAAUAUGUAACUUUUAAAUAAUUAUUUAAUCAUAUUUGUCAAAACUCUCACUAUGUUGUUACAGUGUAUUAUGAGACAGAUAAUCUGUGAAACAUUGAUCCCCUGAUAUUGGCAUCUACUCCAACCAAAAACAACCAAUCAGAGGCAGGAGGGUCUUAGUCCUGCUCAUUAAGCUCAUGUACUCACUGCUCAAUGUGCCAGUGUAGGAGAAACAACUUACUGUUACGGGAAAACCACCAUCAGUGGCCAUGCUAACCUGCAGGCUCUGCUAUCAGGAAGAAACAGCCCCAUCGUAGAGGGAACAGGAGAAAGAAUGAGCAGUGGCACAUGGAGGAUGAUUGUCAGCGCUAAGACGCUCCUUCUUCCUCUGAUUGGGAAAAAAUUGAGUUUCUCUGCUUUCUAGAAACAACCACAGAUUAUCUGCUUCAUUCCAAUCUGUAAUGAGUUUCAACAAAUGUGUAAAAAAUGAUUAAAGUUACAAACUGCGUCAUGCAGACACUGACGCAUGCAGCUGGAUGCAGCUGGAUGAUUGGACACCAUGUUACGCAGCCCAUUGAUGGUUGGAUUAGAGUUCAUAUUGUAUCCGUUUCAUCAUUUACUACAUUUUUUACUUGCUUGUUUGAAUUGUCUAAUAAAUAAUUUAUAAAUAUCACCACAAAAUGCAGUAAUCUCAUGUAUAAUUGAUUUAUUUCAGAAAACUUCUGCAUUUCCUUGUAUUUCUGUUAAAUUUGGUCCAUUUGAACCAUAUAAAACGUGACAGAAUCUGAACUCUGAUCAAACCAAAACAAUUUUAGACACAUAACCAAAUUUCUUUGCAUUAGACUCGAUAAAUAGUAAUAAAUCGUCAGUGUGGUAAAAGUGGAGGAACAAUUCAAAACAAUUUUGCACCAAGUUUAUCUUUCACAAAUACAAAACAACAAAGGUAUUGGGCAGUUGAUGGAAUUUUAAGACAAUGAUAAUGUAAGAACAUAUGAAUUUAUCUCCACAUUUCUUUAGUGUAUAAAACGUUUCUCAUUGUAAGAUGACCUGAUAUUAAUUUGCACAUUGGUGGAGAAAAUGCUGGAUUCAGGAACGUUGUGUUUUUCACCUAAAGGAUAUUUAAAUCUAUUUAACUUUGGGAAGUUUGGUGGUUGGGAUUCCUCAUUUCUCUCUUUGCUCAUGAAGUUUAGAAUUUGAUUCACAGCCACUGGAUAUUUUAUUUCAUAAAGUCAUGUAUUCCUCAGGCCUAUGAAUUUUAUUAAGUAUUUAUGAAACGGAUAAAGCAUUGUCAGCACUUUUAAACAACUCCAGUGACCUAGGAUCAGGUCAGGUUGUCAUUCUAAGGGAAGUGCCUUUUAUGUUUCCUGUAAAUGUUGAAGCUUAUAUUGUUCCAGAGAUUAAAAAAUAAUCCACACUCA